UUCAGGUCGACCUACAAAGGCAAGGGUCAUAGUACUUACUCCCUCUCUUCUUCCAAGGCCAUUUUCCUUAAUUUGGACUUGGGAAGCUCUGCCGGAUUUAUCUAUUUUCUCUUUCCGGGAACAGAAAAAUCUAUGCGAUUUAAGAUUGCAGUAUCAUUCUUUCACUUGAACUACAUAGCUCAAGACCGUGGAUGCUGAACUGUGACUAAUAAAAAUCCCAAAUAAACAUGUCACAAUUGUGAAACAAUAGAGCAUGUUUGAGGAUUUGUGUAGUGUUUGGGAGUUUUGGGACAGUCUGGAACUCCUUCCAAGCUUCUUUACGAGGGCUUCAUCCCCUGUGACCAAUAAAUAAAUUUGGAUGUUUUCUUUUCUUUCUCAGGCAUCCAUUUCAAAUAGCCAGCCUUCUUGUUUUCAACUGCUACAUUCCCAUUUAUAUGUAUGUAUGGGGACUGGGGACGGAGGGAUAAAUUUAAGCGUUAAAUUUGUGAAAUGUUGGAAAUUGAAGGUUGGUGAAUUGGGACCAAUUUUAUUUGAACUAGGCCUCAUAAACCGAAAGCUCACUUCUUGACAAGGGCAGAUCCCAGUGGCUCCUACUGCUUCUCCACUUCAAGCUCUAAUACAGCGGAGCGCACCUCAUUCUCAUCCACCAAGUUAUCCAAAUACAAAUAAUACGUGUCCGUAGAAGGACAAAAGACAAUUCGAUUGAUGGAAGCGGGAAGGCUUCUCCGUACACCCAUUCCAUGGAGGCCCAAGCUCGCUCCCUCUCCUCCCACUUUCCCGCGCUUUGUUAGGGCUUCUUCAAAAUCACAGGGACGUUACCGGGGACCUAAGCCAAGGAGGGAUUGGCUUGCCGAUUGGGUCUCCAACAACGACGACACUGUCCGGAGCUUGCCGAUCUACGUUGGAGGAGUCUCUCUGUUGUCUGUUCUCUUUAACCGCACCAUUUCGGGCAUUGCUCCUGUUGCUGAUGCCAGCAGUUCACAGUCAAGAGCAGAUCUAUUAACACUUGGUUUGGCUGUUACCAAUAUUCUAGCUGGUCUGGUAUGGCUGUCAAUUCGGCCAAAAUCUAUAUCUGUGGUAAAUCCUCAAGGUGUGGAGUCUAGGAGGAUAUAUCCUAACAUUGCUGCUUCACUGGUUUCUGAGCUACUUUGGGUAUGGGAAUCUCUUUCUGUUGUGACAUGCUGCCGGUCUCUAGUUAUUCUUUAUGAUAGUAUUUGUAUCUUGCAAAUUGGCAUGGCUGCUGAAUCUUCCGCUGGUGAUGGCGAAGCAAUGGCUGUGGAUGCCACUAAAUUGAUGCAAGGGUCACUCUAUCAAGGUGUUAUGAAGUCUGGAGCACAGAGCUACUUGGCCAACCUAUCUCUUUAUCCUGGGAAGUCUGAGCUGCCCUUUCUGCCUUCAAAUACACAGGCGGUUAUUUUGCAGCCAAUUGGAGACAAAGGAAUUAUAAUAAUUGGUGGUGACACAAUUAGGGGUUUCACAGCUUCUGACCAGGCAUGGAUAACAUUAAUUGGAGAGAAAGUGGAUGCUUCACUUUCAAAAUAUGUAAAUAACCUCCCAGUGGCAGUGCAAGACAGGGUGUGAAACUUAUCGAACUGUGAGUUCCUGGGUAACUGUAUAAAUUACACUUUUUGUAGCCUGCAAUCCAGGGGUGUGUGUGUGUAUGUAUGUGUAUAGGCAGUGCAAGACAGUUUGAAAUUUAUCAAACUGUGAGUUCAUGUUUUCAUGCAUGCAUAACCUCCUUGGUGGCCUUAAUCAAGGCUAUAUAUAUAUAAGAGAAAGAGAGAGAGAGAGAGAGAGAGAGGGAGGGAGAGAGAAUUCAUGCUUUUAUGAGUUCAUAAUGAGAUUUUUAUUGGCUGCCAGAAAUUCUGUAUCCUGAAUAUUUCAAGUGCUUUCAGAUGGUAGGCGCACAUUCUACUUUGCUAUGCAUUUUAUCUCACUUUCAUGUGAA